UGACGAAGGCUGGCGAGGCUGAGAAGACAAAUUGCCCUCAUCAUUAUCUGCGGGCUUGUCAAUCAAACAUAUUCCCUUAUUUACCUCGAGGAGGAGAGAGCCCCCGGAGCACACGGAGCGGGAGGGAGCCGGAGGAGAGGCACUCGCACCGCACUCGGCGCCGGGGAGGGAGCGCUCCCAGCCCCGCGGCAUGGCCACCAUCACCUGCAACCGCUUCACCGAGGAAUACCAGCUCUUCGAAGAACUGGGCAAGGGCGCUUUCUCCAUCGUCCGGAGAUGCGUGAAGGUGCUGGCAGGACAGGAGUAUGCAGCCAAAAUCAUCAACACCAAGAAGCUCUCUGCCCGAGACCACCAGAAGCUGGAGCGGGAAGCUCGCAUCUGCCGCCUCCUCAAGCAUCCCAACAUAGUGAGACUCCAUGACAGCAUCUCCGAAGAGGGUCACCACUACCUGAUCUUUGACCUGGUCACAGGCGGGGAGCUCUUUGAGGACAUCGUGGCCAGAGAGUACUACAGCGAAGCAGAUGCCAGCCACUGCAUCCAGCAGAUCCUGGAAGCCGUCCUGCAUUGCCACCAGAUGGGGGUGGUACAUCGGGAUCUGAAGCCGGAGAACCUGCUGCUGGCGUCCAAGCUGAAAGGAGCAGCCGUCAAGCUGGCCGACUUCGGCCUCGCCAUUGAGGUGGAGGGGGACCAGCAAGCGUGGUUCGGUUUUGCCGGCACACCGGGAUACCUCUCCCCGGAAGUGCUCCGAAAGGAUCCCUAUGGCAAAGCUGUGGACCUGUGGGCUUGUGGAGUCAUCCUCUAUAUCCUGCUGGUUGGGUACCCUCCCUUUUGGGAUGAAGACCAGCAUCGCCUCUAUCAGCAGAUCAAGGCUGGUGCCUAUGAUUUCCCUUCCCCAGAGUGGGACACGGUCACUCCUGAGGCAAAAGAUCUCAUCAACAAGAUGUUAACCAUAAACCCGUCGAAGCGCAUCACAGCAGCAGAAGCUCUAAAGCACCCCUGGAUAUCGCACCGUGCGACCGUGGCAUCAUGCAUGCACAGGCAGGAGACCGUGGACUGUCUGAAGAAAUUCAAUGCCCGGAGGAAGCUGAAGGGUGCAAUCCUCACCACCAUGCUGGCCACGCGCAACUUCUCCGGAGGCAAAAGCGGCGGCAACAAGAAGAAUGACGGCGUGAAGAAAAGAAAGUCCAGUUCCAGCGUUCAGUUAAUGGAAUCAUCAGAGAGCACUAACACCACCAUUGAAGAUGAAGACACCAAAGUACGGAAGCAAGAAAUCAUUAAAGUAACAGAGCAGCUGAUUGAAGCAAUAAGCAAUGGUGACUUUGAGUCCUACACGAAGAUGUGUGACCCAGGAAUGACUGCUUUUGAGCCUGAGGCUCUGGGAAACCUAGUGGAAGGCUUGGAUUUUCAUCGAUUCUACUUUGAAAACCUGUGGUCCCGGAACAGCAAACCUGUGCACACAACCAUCCUGAACCCGCACAUCCACCUGAUGGGAGAUGAGUCUGCCUGCAUCGCCUACAUCCGCAUCACGCAGUACGUGGACGCGGGAGGGAUCCCCCGCACCGCCCAGUCGGAGGAGACCCGCAUCUGGCACCGCCGCGAUGGCAAAUGGCAAAUCGUCCACUUCCACAGAUCCGGGGCGCCCUCCGUCCUACCGCAGUAAGCCCUCUGAAGUGCGGGCCAGCCUGCGUUGGGUUUGUCACUGACUCGCUACCAAGGAGGAACCCCCUCCAACUCUUCACCCAUGGGACUUUGGCUGUUGGCUCUGCUGCUUGUUUCCUGCUGGAAUUCCUCUUGCUUAUCACCAUGAACAUGCAAUGGCCCCACUGACAUGACACGCAUUGAAUUGAAAUCUCCAUCCCACCUUUUGCAGCCAGCCCCACCAUGGUCUUUGCGCUGGGCCCCCUUUCUCUGCAUGAAAGAAGAGAAGAAAAAAAUAUGUAUAUAAAAUCAACGCUCUUAUUUGGCCAGUAAGAAGAAUCAUGUCUGAGGUAAAGGCUUCCACUCACCACUGCAUGGCAUUCCUGGGCUCCUGCACAUCCUCAUAACCCAGCAUGUCCCAUGAAAUGGGACAGGACUUGUUCUCUAUCUCCAUCCCCACCUCUGCUGAGAGUCUCAAAGGGCCCAAGGAAGAGGAGCCCAUAGAGGCAGUUUUGAGCUACUUCAUGCUGACUGAAUGGAGUGGGCUUGGGUGACCCCCUCUUGGCACCAGAGGAUUUUCAUCUCGCUGCUGUCAUGGUCCCAUACCUCGACGCCAUGGCUCCCACCUGCUGCCACCUUGGACUCUCCCCAACCUGAGCUGUCACUUCUUGGCAGCCUCAACUGAGAAAUCUCAAAUUAUUUGCAAAAUUUGGCUUGCUGGCACCUCUGGGUAAGGAGGGAUUUGUUUGGAUGGGUGAGUAAAGGCCUAUCUCUUAUUUUCUCUUCCCAGGAAUGUAGGCUGACUCCUUCCCAGGAGGGUGACCAUGUUCAUGCCCUAGCCCUGGGGAGCUGUCCUAUUGACAAGCAGCAUGCUAUGUGAGCAGGGAUGUUCUCCCUCCUUCCUCCCUUAUCCCUCGGGAGCAGGAACUGGAGAAGCUGGGAGAAGAGAGGAAGAGUAUGAAACCUCUUCAAAGUGCUGCAUCUGCCCCUGAAGGAACUGGUGGCCACAAGAAUGGAGAGCUCAGCUCUGAGUGGUGGUCAAGCAUCACCACAAGGAUGGGCUUGGUGUGGUAGCCUGCUCUCCUCCACAUAUUUCACUCCAUGUACCCCCUCUGCCUGGCAUCCUUUACUCCCAGCUGACUUGGCACCCAGCUCUUAUCCCUGCCAAACGCCAGCCUCUGCCCCUCGCAUGCAGCACCUGGACCUUCUCCCAGCACCCUGAACCUGAGCACCACAGCCCUUGCCGUAGUACUGGAAAUGCUGGUGCUAAGGCAGCCAAGCUGGCCACCCCUCCGAGACGCAACGCGUCAUCGCCCACGCAACACCUUCCAGCAAAGAUGAGGAAUGCAAGCUUUAGUAAUAAAACUCUGCAGAAUCUGAUCAUGCUUUUGAAGAAAGAAACAAGCCUUUAGCUAUCUCUUCUACUUUGAGCGCAUGCCUUUUUAUAGGAAAAAGGAAACAACCUACUGUGUAUUUCGUAACUUGAUUUUGAGUAUUUGCUGACAUGGAUCUUUAUGUAAUAACUAGAAACAUUCAACUGUUUGGGAUGGGGGUGGGGGGGUUUGGGGGGGGUUGCUGUCUUUUGUUUUGUUUGCCUUUGGAGUAGGGUUGUAACAAAGUGCCGUUCCUAAUGGGACCCAAUGGCUGCACCCCGGCUGGUGGGACCCCGAGUCGGGUCUCCUGCCCUGCGCUCUGCGGGUGCCCGUGGCGGUGGAGAGGCCACUGUGGCUCGUUCCAGUUGCCCUGGAUGGGCAGAGGUGGCACAGCCAUGUCCCCAGGGGGCCCUUUCCAGGCCCCCACGCGGAUUUUCCUGAACAGCAAAGCCAGGCAGAGGCUCUUCAGGAGCCAGUGGCUUGUGGUCUUCAGGACAGAAGAUGAGGCUGGAACAGGGAAUUCUGGCAUCACCUCUUUGCCUUCAGGUAGAGGUCCGAGAGGCGUAAGGGUGGUUGUUUUUCUGGCAAUCCUUCCGUUUCUUGUUCUCUUUUUUUUUCGACUGGAACUUCUUUGCUCGUUGAUGUGAGGUUGCUGCAGUGCACUGCUGCCACUGGGGACUCUCUAACUGCACUCUCUUCAUCUGCAUGGCAUUUAACUUUCUAGAUGGUGCGUGUAUUGAAAAACAA